AGUUCACCUACAGUGCGAGAAGAACGUAAACAGUGUUAGAAGCCAGACCAUGGCCUCUCUUACCUGCCUGUGAGCUUUCUCGUUACUUCGUUUUUUUUUUUCAAAUAAAGGAGACCCCCCCCCCCCCUUCCUCCGUAGAGAUGAACGGGAUGACGGAAACCUCAGUCAAGUGCGUGCUGGUGGGCGAUUCGGCAGUCGGAAAGACAGCCCUCCUGGUUCGGUUCACCUCGGAGACGUUCCCGGAUAGCUACAAGCCCACGGUUUACGAAAACACGGGAGUGGAAGUCUUCAUGGACGGCGUGCAGAUCAGCCUGGGUCUGUGGGACACGGCAGGCAAUGACACCUUCCGGCAAAUUCGGCCCAUGUCCUACCAGCAGGCCGAUGUGGUGUUGCUCUGCUACUCGGUGGCUAACAUAAGCUCGUAUGCCAGCGUGCGUAAUAAGUGGAUCGGUGAGGUGCGCGCCCACCUACCCAGCAUUCCUGUGCUGGUGGUGGCCAUGCAGACCGACCAGCGGGAAAUGGGCCCACAGCGGGGAAGCUGCGUCACUGCUAUGGAGGGCAAGCAGUUAGCGCGGGACAUCCGGGCCAAGGGGUACCUGGAGUGCUCGGCGCUAAGCAACCGCGGGAUCCAACAGGUGUUCGAGUGCGCCGUGCGGACGGCUGUCAAUCAGGCCAAGAAGCAAAACCGCCGUCCGCUGUUUCGCAUCAAUCAGUGCAAGAUCGUUUAGCUGCUGGUCAUUUUGUCUAUGUCAUAUCGAAUUGGUUUUCCAUUCCCCCGAAGACCACAGGCUAACGACAUAUUUUAAGAAUGUGCUGGACACCUGUGCUCAAACUUGGGAUUCUUAAUUGUAAUUUUGACCUGCUUUCUGUUGUGGCUUGACAUCGAUCAUUUAAGUUUUGAAGUUUUUGGAAGUCUUGUUCACCGUCUGCAGUGAAACACGGUCAAAGGAAUAAAAUGUUUUUAUUUUUAAAAGCAAUGUGCCGUGUGGGGGGAGAGGAGGGGGGGCAAAACCCCUCAAAUCUUUAUUCGCUAAAGUAUGGAUGAACAGUUUAAUACAGGAUGUCGAUGAUAUGGAAACCAAGAUAACACCUAUCAGCAAACUAAAUGUUAUUUAACGAAACAUCGUUUUUCUCACACACCUCCAGCGUGGUUAUCAGCUCAGAAAGUCAGACUUUUUCCCAUUUUUUGAAUUUCUAUAAAUUUAUACAGUUAAAAGGCAUGUAAAAUUUUAAAACUUGCGAAAGUUUUUUUUUAUUGUCUUGCUAUUUCUCCAAAGGAGAGCUGACACGUCUUUUGUGUCUAUAUGUUGUCUAUAAGCGAUGAUUAGGCUACACGUUUCGUGUAUUUUGAGUUGUACAACAACUGUAAAUAAAAACAGCAUGAUAAAUAAACACAGAGUGAGGUGAAGGCAGGCGGCACACGUCAGGAUUUUGGUAAAUGGUGCUUUAAGUGUUUUUCUUUAUGUCCCAAAGAGAGAGGAACAGACGCUUCAAAAGUCAGACCAAAUUAGACCAAUGUCUGAUUUUUUGAUGUACAUGCAGAAUUUAUACAUAUAUUCUGCAUGUCAACAAAAGAAAUAAAAUAAAUAUUUUCCACAUUUUUUAAAAAAAAACCCCACCAAAUUCUCAACUGGGAAGCUCUUAAAGUCACUAAUAAAUAGAGUCCUCCGCUGUAAAAAUAGUUCAUUAAUAUUGUACUAUUUAAUGUAGUUUUCUCACAUUUUGGGGUCUUUUUGCGCAUGAAGUUAUACAUCAUUAUAAUACUGAAUACUCUCUGAAAACAGUUAGGGGCAGAAAUGUUCAUAUUGUACAUAUAUAAAAUAACAAUAAUCACUUUGAUUUGCAUAGAUAUUAUAAUUAACAUGUCAGUUAUUCCUUUGCCCCCUUUGUGGAAUAUUUUCUGGGUUGUUUAAGUAAAUUUUUUCAAUGAGAUGUUCAUAUUAGGGAAUAGCACUAGCAUAAGUGUUUAACCUGGUGAUGAAAGGCGCCCCCUGUUCUCACGCCAUCUGGUUCCAGUUUGCGAAUAACAGUCAUAUUUAAACUGUAUAACGUGUAUUAUGUUUUUUUUUACCUUUCGAAUAGACAUGUCAUUUCAGUUAAUUAAUUAGUAAUUAACCAAAAAUAAGAUUCUGGACACAUCUGGGCCAGGCAGGUGUUAAGAGCUCUGUGUUAAGCGAAACAUCUGAACAAACAGCUAUGGACCCAAAGGGGAAAUUCGCUGCCAGACUGAAACAUAUUUAAGUGUGAUUGAUGUUUCACAAUGGUAAACACUAAGGUCCACGGAAAGUGAGAAAGUUCACCAUGAACCUGUGUUAUGUGUAAGUGAGUUAAGGGAUUUUUUCCCCCUCUUUCUUUUGAAAAGUAACUCUUAUGUCUGAUGAAAUGCUAAUAAAUUCUAAGCAGCGGAAAUAA